AUGGGUCGUCUUGAAGGCAAGAACUGCAUCAUUACUGGUGGUGCUGGCGGCAUCGGCCUGGAGACGGCGGUGCUCUUCCUACGGGAAGGUGCCAACGUCCUUCUUUCCGACAUCUCCGGCCCAGCUCUCGAAAAGGCAGUCACCAAAUUAAAGCAAGUCGUCCCCGAGGCCAAGAAGAUUGAAACCAAAAUCUCCGACGUCUCCAAGGAAGCCGACGUCCAAGCCAUGAUCGAGCACGUCGACUCCUGGGGCGGUCUGGACGUCCUUUUCAACAAUGCCGGUAUAAUGCACUCUGCCGACGACGAUGCCGUCAACACCCCCGAGAAGAUCUGGGACCUCACGCAAGCCAUCAACGUCAAGGGUGUGUGGUUCGGCAGCAAACACGCAGUCAUCAGCUUCAGGAAGCACGGAAAGAAGAAGACCAGCGUCAUCAACACCGCAAGCGUCGUCGCGCUCGUCGGUAGCGCAACCCCCCAGCUCGCAUACACCGCCAGCAAAGGUGCCGUGCUCGCCAUGACCCGCGAACUCGCCAUGGUGCACGCCCGCGAGGGCUUCAGAUUCAACGCCCUGUGCCCCGCGCCACUAAAGUACGACUGGCUCGGCGACGACCAAGGCCCAAGCGUCACCGCCGCGAAGUCCACUUCCCGACAGGCCGCUUUGGCGAGGCUGUCGAAGCAGGCCCAGGCUGUUUUGUUUCUGGCCAGCGACGAGAGCAGCUUUGUCAAUGGCACGGACUUUGUGGUUGAUGGUGGUAUGUCGAGGUGCUAUACUACGCCCCGAAGGUCCCCCAACGGAAGCACCGCAUAA